GGACUGUUCUUGGUCACAGUCAACCCGUACUGUCCCUUGCCGAUCUAUACCAAUGAGUAUGUCAAAAUGUAUAAGGGUCAAAGUCGAGAAGAUACCCGACCACAUGUCUUCGCAAUGGCCGACCAAGCAUUUCGAAAUCUUGUGGAAGAAGGAGAAAACCAAAGUAUCCUCGUCACGUAAGUGGUAUCCUUAAGGCAUGAUUCCGGAUCUGUAUUCUCUAACACUACGAUAUAGUGGAGAAUCGGGAGCUGGUAAGACAGAGAAUACCAAAAAGGUGAUCCAGUAUCUUGCGGCUGUUGCAACGGCGGAUACCCCGAUGUCGAGGUCAGGAGCGAAGCAGUUUUCAAAUCUCUCCCAGCAAAUCUUGAGAGCAAACCCCAUACUCGAGGCCUUCGGAAAUGCACAAACAGUGAGGAACAACAAUUCAUCUCGAUUCGGAAAGUUCAUUCGAAUUGAAUUCACCCGUUCCGGUCAAAUUGUGGGGGCCUGGAUAGACUGGUACCUUCUUGAAAAAUCAAGGGUGGUGAAGCCCAAUCCCCAGGAGAGAAACUACCAUAUAUUUUAUCAACUUCUUCAGGGCGCGGACAGAGAGUUGCGGGACACUCUUCACCUGGGCGACCUGGACUUCGAUGGAUUUUCUUAUCUGAAGGAUGGCAAUGACUCAGUCGCCGGGGUUUCUGAUGCGGACGAGUGGAAUUCAUUGAUGGAGGCCUUCCAUAUCAUGAAUUUUUCGCCAGAUGACCAGAUGUGCAUCUUACGAACAAUCGCAGCGGUGCUCCACCUUGGCAAUAUCGCAAUCGGUAAAGAGAGUCUGCGAGGCGAUCAAGCAGCCUUGGCGCCGGGAGCAUACGAGAAUGUGCAGAAAGCAUGCGACCUUUUGGGGAUUGACCCGGAAGCGUUCGUAAAAGGGCUGCUUCAUCCCAAGGUCAAGGCUGGUCGGGAAUUGGUCGAAAAGGUUCAGACUCCGGAGCAGGUCACCGCCGCACUCGAUGCCUUGGCCAAGGGUAUCUAUGAGCGUGGAUUCGGAGACCUCGUUAACAGGAUAAACAGCCAGCUGGAUCGCAAUGGUAUAGCAGGUGAUGACAGCUCUUUCAUCGGAGUUCUUGACAUUGCUGGUUUCGAAAUCUUCGAAAAUAACAGCUUUGAACAGCUCUGCAUCAACUACACAAAUGAGAAGCUUCAACAAUUCUUCAACCAUCACAUGUUUAUUCUUGAACAAGAAGAGUACGCCAGAGAACAGAUUGAAUGGCAGUUCAUUGAUUUCGGAAAAGACUUACAGCCUACUAUCGACCUCAUCGAGCUGACAAACCCGAUCGGUAUCUUCUCUUGCCUGGACGAGGAUUGCGUGAUGCCGAAGGCUACCGACAAAUCUUUUACGGAGAAAUUGCACUCGCUAUGGGAUCGCAAAUCGCCUAAGUACCGUGCCUCUCGCCUGAACCAAGGAUUCGUUCUCACCCACUAUGCCGCUGAGGUUGAGUAUUCAACACAUGACUGGUUGGAGAAGAACAAAGAUCCCUUGAACGAUAACAUCACACGUCUUCUGGCGUCGUCCAGCGAUAAACAUGUUGCAAACCUUUUUAACGAUUGCGGCGAUGGCGACGAGUCUACAUCGAAAAGCCGUGUGAAAAAGGGUCUGUUCCGAACGGCAGCUCAAAAACACAAGGAACAGCUCGCGAAGCUCAUGAACUCGCUACAUUCCACUCAUCCACACUUUAUCCGCUGCAUAAUUCCUAACCACAAGAAACGCCCGAAACUGUUCAAUGCACCCUUGGUUUUGGAUCAACUUCGAUGCAACGGUGUCCUUGAAGGCAUCCGAAUCGCCCGCACUGGAUUUCCCAAUCGGCUACCCUUCACUGAGUUCCGACAACGUUAUGAAGUCCUGUGUCGUGACAUGCCUAAAGGCUAUUUAGACAAUCAGAGCGCUACACAGAUGAUGCUAGACAAACUAGGCAUGGAUAAAGCUUGGUAUCGUGUCGGCUUAACGAAAGUGUUCUUCAGAGCGGGAGUUUUGGCUGAGCUCGAAGAGAAACGUGACAAGCAUAUUCGAGAUAUUAUGACUCGCUUCCAAUCCAUUUCCCGCGGCUUCGUCCAGCGGCGAAUCGCAAAUAAGCGGUUAUACCGUGCGGAAGCAACUCGCAUCAUUCAGCGGAAUUUCCAUGGUUACUUGGAUCUAAAAGCAAACCCAUGGUGGAGGCUCUUUAUGCGGAUGAAGCCGCUUCUUGGAGAGACUCGGACAGCAACGGAGGUGAAGCGAAGGGACGAGCAGAUCCAGAAGCUCGAGUCCAAAAUGCAGAAGGAGCUCGCCGAUCGUCAGAAGCUAGAAGAAGAGAGACGGCGAGCAGAGCAAGAAAUCCAACGCAUCAAGCAAACUCUCGAAAGUGAACGGACUCUUGCUCUUGACAAGGAAGAAAUAUUCAAGCGUCUCCAACUGCGUGAAGUUGAGCUGACUGAGAAGCUAUCUGGCGCCAUUGCCGAUCAAGAAACCCUGGAGGAUCAACUGGAUGAUCUUAUUGCCGCCAAGAAGAAGGCUGAGGAGCAGCUUGAGAUCAGGAGGACGCAGCUUGAACAAGCUGGUCAGAUCAUUGAACGUCUGGAGGCUGAAAAGCAUGAGCUGCAGGAGCACCUGCUAGAACUCAACGACAAGCUAAAGGCGGCUGAGAGCACGAAUCAAGAGAGAGAUACACAGGUCCACAAUCUCACUCAGGAAAUAAAGAUGUUACAGAGUCAUCUGAGUCUCAAAGACCGCAAACUGCACGACUUGGAAGCCAAACUACUAAAAUCUGACCAAGACCUCGACGUUAAGCUCGCCAAUACCAGUAAAGAGCUGGACAUCUCGAAGAAGAAAGUGAAGGAACUCGUCGAUGAGAACCGAUCUAUCAGACAACAGAUUGCAGACCUUUCAUCUACUUCGACAGGUUACGAGGAGAUGCUAAGGCGCAAAGAAGGCGAGUUAUCCGUUCUCCGCAACGACCUGAAAAAGCAUGAAACAGAUAGAAUGAGUCUCGAGAACGAGAAAUUAUCACUAUCUACUCGACAUGAUAAUAUGCAGAAGCGGCUACGCGAAGUGCAAGCGGAAAUGGACGCUAUGAGGGCAGAGAGAGCGAACCUUGAGCGUGAGGCGGCGGAUGCUCGCAAACUGUUAGAAGAAAAGAUGUCGGAGGAUGCCGAGGCAGGACAAAGCCGAGCAAUGCUGGAUCAGCAGGUCCGCGAUCUAAAAGCUCAGUUAUUCCAAGUUCAGGCGGAGCUCAGUCGAGAACGCCAAUCCAGAGAUGACGUCCAAAUGCUCGCGGAGCACGAAUUGAAAGAGCUCAAAGAGAAGUACGAAUCGCUGAACGAAUCCAAGAUAAUCAUCGAGAAAGAAAUGUAUAUUCAACAGGAUUCUCUGCGUCGCGCUACUGAAGCUCGAGCAGCUGCGGAGAAGGCGCGUAAGGAUCUGCAAAACGAGUUGAUCGGGCUUCGUGAGCGAUACACCGAAGCAGAAAAUGCCCGAUUAAACGCAGAGAGUGAGGCUGAGCGGAACAUAAUCAAGCAAGCAAACGAACGCCAGAACAGCUUGCGGCGUGACCUGGAGGCCAAAGAAAAACAGCUCGAUGAAGUGGAAGCUGAAAGGGGUCGUCUCGCUGGAAGGGUCCAAGAGCUCAUGCAGGCAAUUGCAGAUUCUGAGAAUUUCCGCAUCCGUCACGAUCAGCAUAAGGAACGCCUUGAGAGAGAACUUGUCACAGUAAAAGGCAGGCUAACAGCGUCUGAAAAUGACAACCGUGCUCUCUUGAAUAAGAUCCAGCAGAAGAACCUUGACAUCGCAAGAUCCAACUCACGGGCCGGUGAAAACCAGCGGGUCCGCAUGUCGCAACUGCAGAAUGAGAAAUGCAAACUCGAGGAAGAAAACAAGAAGUUGGCUCGUCAGCUAGGCGAUGCGCAACUUUCGAUUACGUCUCUCGAGAAGCACAAGGAAAAGCUUUCACUGAGUUUGGAGGAUGUGAAUCAUGAGAUUGCUCGAGAACACAAGGCGAGCCGUAAUGCAGAGAAAGCAGCAUCUGCAGUCAACCUUCAGCUCGCAGAAGCUAACAGGAAUCUUGAGACUGAAAGACAGCUAAGGAUUCAAGCACAAGCUAACACCCGAAAGCUGCAAGCUGCUCUGGAUCAAGCAAACAAGGAAAUUGAAGAUUCUCAUCUGCAAUUGAUGCUCUUGCACAAGGUCUUCGAUCCAGAAAUUGAUGAGACACCAAAGUCUUGGGAAUCAGUCCAGCCAGACUUAUCAAAGAAAGUCAAUCUGGCAGCACUCCUGGAAGCAGCGCACAGUAAUCUCCGUGUCACUGAAGAGAAGUAUGCUAGGGCUGAGAGCCAGCUUGCCGAGAUGCGUCGUCGCCACGAGGACGAAAUGAAGGAGCUCGAUGCUCGCUACUCUUCCUCGAAACGCGCACUGCUUGAGGAGAUCGACCAGAACCAGGUCGCCACUGCUCGUUCACCCACUCACUUACGCAAGAAUUCCGAAGCAGCCAUGAAGAGAUAUUCUAACCCUACUACCCCUAACCGACGGUACAACAUCAGCGACGCGGCUCAGGACUCUGGACGGUCUGACAGAACAGUCGAUACCAUCACCUUCCAAAAGCGGAUGGAUAUGGCUGCAGAACUUGAGGAGCUGCAGAAUAAGCUCCAGAUGACAGAGAUGCAAAACCGGCAUCUACAGGCUCAAAUCGAGCGAUCCACUCCGGUACGAGAUAUGUGGCAAGAUGACAGCCCAUCGGUUCGACGGAUGCAGCUGUUGGAGCGCGAGAAUGGCCGCCUCCAUGAGAAACUUGAUGACUCUGCUAAGAAGGUUUCAGCUCUGGAAAGGAGCAUCCAAUCCGGCGAGCUAUCCCUCCGAGACGUUCAGGCGAAAUCACACGAGGAAUUGUACGAUUUGAUCAACUCUCAGGAACACUCUCGUCGAUCCCUCCUACAAGUCCAUAAGAACGCCAUGGCUGAGCUAACGGAAGCCAAGUCACAGUCAGAGAAACUCAAGCGAGCAAAGGCAACCUUGGAGGUGGAGCUUCGUGAUGCUCGGUCAGAUGCCCAAGAACUGCAGCUUGCCAGGGACCAAGAUGCGGCUAGUCGAAACCAACUGCUUCAGGAAUUCGCAGAUCUCCAGAUACGUCUAGAUGCUGAAACUUCCAAGGCCACUGAUCUUGCCUCGAGCUUAAGUCUUUACAAGAGUCGUGCGGAUGAAUACUUCAGCAAGCUUGAGCAGGCAGAGAUCGCCGUACUAAAGGCAUCCCGCGCGGAACAGUUCGCCAAGUCUCAAGCUAAGGAGGCUGAAGACACUUGUGCCAGUAUCAUGGCCGAACGCAAGCAGAUGGAUGCGCUAGUGGAGGACUUGCAGCGUCAGACGCAGUCUUAUGAGGAGAAGAUCGAGGACCUUUCCGCUGAUCUUGAAGGGGCCUUGCAAGCCAAGAGACGACUGCAGAAUGAGCUUGAAGAUUACAGGAAUCAACGUGCCAUGGACAUCGAGGAUAAGGAGGCGUCACUCGAACAGACGAGAAAGAAAUACCAAAUGGAGUUUUCCAGCCUCACCAACGAGCUCGAGAUCGAGCGUGAGAACGUUCUUCAUGCUCGCGAGGAGACCGCUCGUCUCCGUGAAGAACUUGAUGAUCUUCGCAGCAAAUGGGACAAUGAAGUGCUUAACAGCUCAACAUGGGCUAAAGAAAAGGCUCGUCUGGAAAUGACACUCCAGGAUGUCUCGACUUCCAGGGAUGAGGCUGUGGCAGCUCACAAUGACGCCCAGGCAAAGGUCGUAUCGCUCCUCUCUCAGGUUCGCAACCUGCGGACAUCUGUGGACGAUGUGUCGGCAGAACGUGAUAUGCUUCUCAAGGAGAAGAAGAUGCUUGAGGCUAGGCUCACUGAGGCGGGAGAGCGGCUCGAGGAUCUAGUCAAGGGCGAAAGCCCAUCUAUGCGUAACGCCGCAAGCAUGGACCGUGAGCUCCUCGAACUAAAGUCGAAGCUUGCACAGCAAGAAGAUGUCUCUGCUGCUGCUGUCGGUAAAAUGAGGAGAGCCGAGGCUCUGGCGACGGAAAUGCAAAAGGAAGUCACCGCUGAACGAGAGACAAACGCACAGCUCUUUAAGGAAAGGGCAGCUCUAGAAAAGCAGCUCAAGGAAGCACAGCUCAGAUGCAUUGACCUGGAGACUAAAAGGUACUCGUCAGCAAGUCAGGAUGUUAGAUUCCUACAUAAGAGAAUCAAAGAUCUCGAGACGCAACUCGAAGAGCAAGAGUCCAAGCGCAACGCGGAGCAGCGCUCAGUACGUAGCAUCGACCGCACCGUCAAAGAUCUCCAAUCCCAAAUUGAACGCCGGGACAAGAUCAACGCUCAGCUCACCGAUGAUAUUGCCAAAUCUCGUGACAAGACCGAGCGUCUCCUCAAAACGAUUGAGGAUCUCCAGCAGAGCGAUUCUGAAAAUCAGCUUCAGGCGCGACGCGCGGAGAGGGAGCUGCGCGAAGAACGUGAGAAGGCCCUGCGCUUGGAGAGAGAACUUGAAGGCUGGAAAGCGCUACGGAUGGAGAGAGGCAGUGCUGUCGGACGUCCUGGCAUGGGCACAUUCAGCGACAUGGGCAGCCGAAAGGGGAGCGGCGCCUUCGAUAUGCCUCAGAGGAAGCCCAGUAAUACCAAGGGAUUCCUAUGAGGAACCACCGGAGCCAGGAAUUCGUGUCCAUUUUACAGACUGGGGUUUCACUCGGAGUUUUCUUUUAUUUACGAGCAUUAGUUUGGUCUUAUCCGGAGUACCGAAGGGCAAGGGUCUGAUUGUUAAUUAUUAGCGUGAUGUGACGGAAGCCAUCCGU